ACGACGAACGGGCUAAGGGAUCUGGAGUAUGUUUUAGAGAAAGGAAAAUUAGGUCUUGGAGUUCCUGUCACCUUGUUCCUCCCUCCUGGUGCCUGUUUUCUUAACUGUGGAAUGAGUUAACAAUGAUGUCCCCGAGCUACGAGGAGUGUAAAAAGGUGGUGAAGCCCUGAGAGGUGGUUUAUGAAGUACAAAGCGUUGUAAUAAUGUGAGGGAGCGCGCCAUAAUUGUGGGUAUGCCAUGGAAACAGGUAAAUUUUUCCAUAACCUUAUGGAGAGAAAGGACUUUGAGACAUGGCUUGAUAACAUUUCUGUUACAUUUCUUUCUCUGACGGACUUGCAGAAAAAUGAAACUCUGGAUCACCUGAUUAGUCUGAGUGGGGCAGUCCAGCUCAGGCAUCUCUCCAAUAACCUAGAGACUCUCCUCAAGCGGGACUUCCUCAAACUCCUUCCCCUGGAGCUCAGUUUUUAUUUGUUAAAAUGGCUCGAUCCUCAGACUUUACUCACAUGCUGCCUCGUCUCUAAACAGUGGAAUAAGGUGAUAAGUGCCUGUACAGAGGUGUGGCAGACUGCCUGUAAAAAUUUGGGCUGGCAGAUAGAUGAUUCUGUUCAGGACGCUUUGCACUGGAAGAAGGUUUAUUUGAAGGCUAUUUUGAGGAUGAAGCAACUGGAGGACCAUGAAGCCUUUGAGACCUCAUCAUUAAUUGGACACAGUGCCAGAGUGUAUGCACUUUACUACAAAGAUGGACUUCUCUGUACAGGGUCAGAUGACUUGUCUGCAAAGCUGUGGGAUGUGAGCACAGGGCAGUGCAUUUAUGGCAUCCAGACCCACACUUGGUGUUUAGCGUGGACUACAAUGAUGAACUGGAUAUCUUGGUGAGUGGCUCUGCAGACUUCACUGUGAAAGUAUGGGCUUUAUCUGCUGGGACAUGCCUGAACACACUAACUGGACACACGGAAUGGGUCACCAAGGUGGUUUUGCAGAAGUGCAAAGUCAGAUCUCUCUUGCACAGCCCUGGAGACUACAUCCUCUUAAGUGCAGACAAAUAUGAGAUCAAGAUUUGGCCAAUUGGGAGAGAAAUCAACUGCAAGUGCUUAAAGACAUUGUCUGUCUCUGAGGAUAGAAGUAUCUGCCUACAGCCAAGACUUCAUUUUGAUGGCAAAUACAUUGUCUGUAGUUCAGCACUUGGUCUCUACCAGUGGGACUUUGCCAGUUAUGAUAUUCUCAGGGUCAUCAAGACUCCUGAGAUAGCAAACUUGGCUUUGCUUGGCUUUGGAGAUGUCUUUGCCCUGCUGUUUGACAACCGCUACCUGUACAUCAUGGACUUGCGGACAGAGAGCCUGAUUAGCCGCUGGCCUUUGCCAGAGUACCGGAAAUCAAAGAGGGGCUCGAGCUUCCUGGCAGGCGAAGCUUCCUGGCUGAAUGGACUGGAUGGGCACAAUGACACAGGCUUGGUCUUUGCCACCAGCAUGCCUGACCACAGUAUUCACCUGGUGUUGUGGAAGGAGCAUGGCUGACACCUUGAGCCACCACCACUGACUGACUUUGGGUGCCAGGGCUGCAGGUUUUGGGUGCAACCUCUCUGGCAGCCGACUGCAUGAACCAAAGUUCUCACCUAAUGGUAUCAUCACGCAGUGCACAAUCAUUUAUCUAUGUUUGCCAGGGGCCAGGGCUUGGGGUGGGGGAGGGCUUGUUUUAUUGACAUACAGCGCAGCAUGCUAAUGGGGUACACCAUUGACUUCAUUUGUACUUAGUUGUGUUGGUCAGUGUAAGAGGAUGCAUUUUGGGUUCAUCUUCCUUGAGUGGAAUAUUGGUUUUAAGUAAAGUUAAAUGUUUCGUCUGCUAAUUGGUUGCCUAUGAAAUCACGAUCAAUCUGUUAUUAAAGCUUUUUACCAUAGCUUUUUUUUGUUUGAAGUUGAAGCAAAGGUGCUAUGAUGUUGUUCCAGCAACUUCUUUCACAUGGGGCUUAGCUUUUGUAAGAGCCAGUGUUACAAAGACCACCGAGUCCUGUGACAUUCAUGAACUUUCCACCAAAUAGCAGUUCUACAGAAAGUCCAUCUUUCAGUGCAAAUCUAAUUCUAUAAAUUGAUUGUUUGCAACUCUUUCUAAACCCUAGUUCUUGGCAGAGUCUGAUUGGCAUGAUUAAAAUGUAAGGGAGUUGUAUAGUUUGUUUCUGUGAGGAGAAACCUUCCUCCCCACCAUACCCCCUGGCUGGGUUACAGCACAGAGGUGAUGCGAAGUAGUACAAGGAGCCCUGGGCUGAAAGAUUGGUGACUGGUAUUUCCUAGGAACCUGCGAGCUCAGGUAUAUCAUUUCUCUUGGCCCCACUGUCCUUGUUUGUGCAGCCAGGUGUACAGCUGAGAUUCUUUACUGUAUCCACUGACGUGUACAAAGUUGAUAGUGUAAUUUUGUCUGAUUCUGAUUGUUUCUUCAAGUUGCAGGUAAUAUUUAAAUGAAUCUCUGAUAUAAAGUUGUUAUCUAUAAGGAAAUCAUUUACAUAAAAAGGACAAAUAAAAUGAGAAUGUAGACCAUGUAGAUUCCACUUAGAAAACAAGUAAUUGGUGGAAGAGGUGCUGGUAGGAGUUAGGCUUCUGUAGGGAGGUAGUGUGCUAACUGGAAAGGAAAAAUAUGCAAUUCUGACUUCCUCAUUUGCCCCCAACUUGGUCUGUGACAUCAGGCAAGUUAGCUUUCUCUCACUUUCUUCAUUUUUAAAAUGAAGGAAUUGUUCUGGAUUAGGAUUUGCAAACUCAAAUCCCCUAGGGAGUCAUGCAGGAAACGUAAACAAAUGGAACAUGUUGGGUGGGACUGUGUAGAACCUUGGAAAAUGCACCUAAGAGAGACGAUCCUCAGCUCUGGCUGUUUUAUCAUUAGCAGAAACAGGCUCAGUGUUGACAGGCGUGAUUGUUCUCAGGGGUAGGUAGAAAUCCAGAUUUUUAUUUGAUAUCCCCUGCUUUUUAAAAUAUUGACCGCUGGUGGGGAUUAUUUAAGAUAAGAUGGGCUAAAAAAUAUCUACAGUCUGUCAAUUUGUGUCUCCCACCCUCUUCAAAGUUACAUGAUUCCAUCUGUAGUUUAGCAGUGGAAAUGUUUUAACAUAAUUGUCACAAAUGACGGAGAAAGCAGGAAGAGUAGCAGUAGAAGCUGUUUUCUUUGUGUUAGGGAGGGGGAAAAGGGGUGGCUUAUUUUAUGGUAGACCCAGCAAGAAAGUGGUAUGAAGAUGGACUUGAGAGUUGGGACCUCAGUGAAGCCUCUGCCUAGGCACACAGCUUAUUCCUUCUGCUUGCUGCCUCUGACACAAAGCGUAUCGUUUCACAGAUGGGUGAAGGGUUGCUGGCAGAGGUAAGAAUGAUGUGAGCUCUAAUGUGCAGACACAGCUCUUCCACAAUCUGCAUAAUUAGCAUUGAGCAGGACUGUGGACCUUAGAAUCAGUGGUUGAUUUCAGAGGCAGGUUUAGUUAAUAAUCAUGUUGAGAUUCCAAGGGGAUUAGGUGAAAAAAUAGUAUCUUCCUCUGCCUGCCAAGUUCCUGCUGGCUGGCACCACCAGUUUUACAUACACGACUGUCCAUUGGGCAGCUUGUUCCGCUGGUGGUAGACGUGGUACAGUCAUGCGUGGGACAGUCAUACAUGUACCAUGGAUGGUUCCAUCUCACAUUGAAUUCUGUGCAUGAGCUCUGCUUUGUCCUUCCAGAAAUGGAACCAGAAUGCAGCUGAAAUCUUUUUUUUUUGGUACUGAGGAUCGAACUUGGGACCUUGCACUUUCGAGGCAGGCGGCGGAACCACUGAGCUAAAUCCCUGGCCCACAGCUGGAAUCUUUUUAAAGAGCCUUUGGAAUCUUCUUAGGGAAUGAUGAGGGUAAAUGAUUUGCAUUUUCAAUUAGCUGGUUAAAUACUUGAGAUUACUGAUUUAAUGAUCAUCUCUACCCUGCAUCUCACUUUCCGAUAUAUCUAAUAGCUUCAAAGGGCAAGUCAGAGUUGUCAUUUGUGGGAACAGUUUUUUAAAAAAACCAACUUAAAACCUAGGUCCCUUUUUAGUUUUCAGUGGUGAAUAUGGAAGUUAGCAAGAUGAUGCUGCUGGAUUUUGACAGGAGGACUCGAGGCAGUGGUGGGAGUAUUAACUUCAGUUCCUCCCCACAGAUAACGUUUAUUUUACCUGUUGUUUAAUUGUUUUAUAGGUGCUGGAUUUAUUCACAGUUGAUUUUUUUUAAAAAUAGAAAGCUAGCUCUUCCUUUUUACAAAAUAAAGCACAGGACCAGGCAGGAGCAUAAGCAAAGCUAUAGUUCCUUAGGCUCCUUUCGCUGAGUUUGGGGCUGUUUUGUACAGCACCGAAUUUCACUUCUUUUUUGUUUUCCCAGUACCGGGGAUCAAACUCAGGACCUUGUGCUUGCAAGGCAGGUGCAGCAUCACUGAGCCAAAUCCCUGCCCCAAGUUUCACUUCUUUAGCACAAAGGCAGGGAAGGGGGGAUCAGGUAUGAGGUUUUUGGUAAACUUUAUUCCCAACCCCUUGAAAGACAGUUUCCUUCAGCUCCCUUAUUGGAAGUAAUAAGCAUUGCCAUAUCUGGCCCUAACCUGACAGUGUAGAUCUGUCAGAGACCGAGGAAGGCAAGCCCCUCUGCAGGAAGGUACAUGUAUUUGCAUAGCGUUUCACAAGUGGAACACGGGGGAGUAUUACUUUUAAAAUCUAAGGUUUGGGGCUGGGGAUUUAGCUCAGAGGAUCUGCCACCUGCCUUGCAAGAGCAAGGUCCUGAGUUCGAUUCCUGGUACCAAGAAAAGAAAAUCUAAGGUUUAGACUUCAUUUUUCAUAGUUUAAAAUUUAUUCCACCAUAGCCAUUGAAAAUGCUUGGUAAGGAAUGAGUGAGCACUGUGUAAUCAUUUUGUUAUUUGUUAACAGGAGAAUGUUUACUACUAUGCAUCUGUAAAACAGGGAGAGAAGAAAAUAGAAGCAGUAUUAUUUUAGACAUACUAUUUUAACCUAAAGAUGGUGGAGCCUGGCUUUGCAACAUUGCUUUGGCUGAACCCAGCCAGCUCCUUUAAAUGUGAUAAUGUGUCUUGGUUUCUUGAGGGCCCAGAGAUGAAUCUCCUCAUUCACUGUCACUCUUACAGCUUCCUGUGGUUCCUUUUCUGGGGCUCGGUGCACAAACCACUUUCCUUUCUCUAGGGAAGCAAGCAGAAUCCCAUCAAGUCUCAUCACUAUUCCCAGAUGUCACCAGGGUAGGCCUCACUGAUCCCUUCCCUUUCAUGCACAGAGCUGUCAGGAUAGGGGAGGAGCCCUUUAGGUCGGCUAGACACAGCUUUUCUACCUGAUUAUGCUGGUGCUUUUACUAUGAUGAUUAAGACAAGACACUUGAGAAUCGUGCGCUUCUCAGGUGAGUGAUGAAAACAACAGAAUAGUCGCCUUGUAGGGUUUCUUUGGUCAGUGCUGACAGUUGAACUCAGAGCCUUCAGACUGAGCUAGCUAUACAUAUCAUACCACCACCCCCUUUUUGUUUAAUUUUGAGACAGGGUCUCGCUAAGUUGCCUAGGCUGGGUUUGAACUUGCAGUCCUUCUGCCUCAGCCUCCCAGAGUGCUGUAGUCCCUGGAUUACAGGCCUGUGCCUUCAUGCACAGCCUCUUAAGUUAUGCUUCUUGUAAAAUGCCCACUAACCAUCUUUGGCAGUGUUUCUGACCAGAGGUUCCUUAUGCCCGCUCUACAAAAGUAAAAUCUUUCAGAAUAAAUCCUUCAGUGAAUUCCUGGAUUAUCUUUGCACCUCUCCCUGAUGAUCAUGCUCAGCACAAAAAGACAUUUUGCUGUUUGUGUAUGUGUUGUCUUCCCUAGAACAGUUCAGUUGCCUCAAGUUAGUAUUUCAGUCCUGACCAAUGUAAACCCACGUAAUUAUCCAUCCCACACAUACUCCAGCUACUUUUACUCUUCACAAAUGUACCCAAAUAAAUAUGUUUCUGUAUAUUCAAGCCUGGCAAAUGAAUUCAGGUGACAAAACCUCAUAAUUACUUGGUGUUCUUACACUUAAUGAACAGUCCUAUUUCACUAACUUGGACUUAGGACUCUUGAUGAGCAUGCUCAGGUUGAAAAAAGGCUGGUCUCACCAAUCCAACAUCCAGCAACAUGGUAAAAUUCACAAACUCGUGUCUCAAUAACUUGAUGUAUGUUGUGAUCUAGAGGGAAUGAGAUGAAGUUUAUAUUUGAACUGUGGUAGGGGGUGGGGGGUGGGGGGAUUUGCGUAAGCUAAUAGUGGAGUGAUUGUCGAACAAGAUGACUACAAGAUGAGGUUAUUUUCAUGUGUCCUAGAACCGUUCUUUUACCCAUGAGUGAUUGUGCUAAUUAUAAAAAAUACAUGAAAGCAGGUUCCUUCAGAGAGGUAACAUUUGGUUAGCCAAGCCCAAGUUGUUUGUACUUGAAAGUAAUAAAGUUACAUUUCCUUAAAAAUA